AUGGAAAGUGUGGUGGUGAUGCUCCCGUCUUUGGGAAUCGGCCACCUUAUCUCAAUGGUGGAGCUCGGCGAACUCAUUCUUACCCACGACCCUACAUUCACCAUCAUCAUCCUCCUUACUCCGGCACAUUACGAAACAAAAUCCACCGCAAACUACAUCAAAAACGUCACCUCCACCACCCCUUCCAUCACCUUCCACAACCUUCCUACCCUCCCUCACCCACCUGAUACCUCCACCCCUUUCUUCGAUCUUGUUUUCCAAAUAAGCAAACUCUACCAACCCAUCAUCAGAGACACUCUCCAAACCAUCUCGGAGAAAUCAACCAUCAAAGCCGGAAUUCUUGAUUUCAUGUCGAACGAUGCUUUUGAAGUCUGCACAAGCCUCAACAUACCAACGUACUACUUGUUCACUGGAAGCGCUUUUGGCCUCAACAUUAUGCUGUACAUGCGGACACUCCAUGAGAAGGUCUCUGAGAGCUUUAAAGAUCUAAGAACUUACAUCCAACCACCGGGAACACCACCCAUUUAUUCUCUCGACAUGCCGAUGACGAUGUACAAUAGAAACAGUAAUUCUUACAAAAGCUUACUCAGCGUAUCAGAAAACAUGGCCAAAUCCAGUGGUAUUAUCGUGAACACGUUCGCGAAACUUGAGCCAAAAGUCAUGAAGGCGAUUGCCGACGGCGAGUGCAUACCGGACGGCCCAACUCCGCCAACUUACUACGUUGGGCCACUGAUUCGAGACAAUUCCGGCGACAAUAGUGGGGAUAUGUGCUUGAAGUGGCUGAAUUUGCAACCCAGUAAAAGCGUGGUGGUUCUGAUUUUUGGUAGUAUGGGGAAGUUUAAGAAGGAUCAGUUGAAAGAAAUGGCAAAAGGGCUAGAGAAAAGCGGACAAAGAUUCUUGUGGGUGGUCCGGAGUCCACCGCCGGAGAACGAAAAAGGGCAUGAAUUUGCACUGAAAGAGCCGGAUCUUGACGACUUACUUCCGGCGGGAUUUAUAGAACGGAAUAAAGAGAAGGGUUUGGUAGUGAAAAACUGGGCACCACAAGGUGAAAUACUGAGACAUGAAUCAGUGGGUGGGUUUGUAUGUCAUUGUGGGUGGAACUCGGUUCUUGAAGCUAUGCACAACGGAGUGCCGUUGGUGGCAUGGCCGUUAUAUGCAGAGCAGAAGAUGAAUAGGGUGUAUUUGGUCGAGGGAAUCAAGGUGGCGCUGCCGUUGCAGAUGGGGGAGGAUGGGUUUGUGACGGCGGAGGAGUUGGCAGAGAGACUGAGGGAAUUGAUGGAGGAAGAUAGUGGAAAGAAGUUGAGGGAACAUGUUUCGGCGAUCAGUGAGAGUGCUAAAGCUGCGGUGAUGGAUGGUGGUUCUUCCCGAGUUGCGGUGGCUGAGUUCGUCGAGUCACUGAAAUCAGUACGAGUCUAG